GUGUGUGCGUGCGUGUGUGUGUGUGUGUGUGCGUGUGCAUGCGUGUGUUUAAACUUCCUCUCACAGAUUCCACAUCGUUACAGACUAUGAGACACAAUGAGAGACAGACAGAUGAGCUGUUUACUGAUCUUCUGCCUCAUUUUCAUCAAAGCUGGUCAGGCCGGUGGUGUUAGGAUCCUGUCUGACCCUGUGCGAGCUCGUCUCGGUCAGUCGGCGUCUCUUUCCUGUAAGGUUAAAGAUGAAGUCCAAGUGGUUCUCUCUGAGUGGACUCGCUGUACAGACUCGUCCUCCAUCGCUGUGUUUAAUCCUGAUCAAGCAGCUGAACACAGAUCUCACGUUAAAGAGCCCUACACCGGCAACGUCUCCAUCACAGAGUACCACACUCUCACCAUUCAUCAGGUGCAGGACGCAGAUUUCGGAGAGUACUGCUGUAAAGUGACCACGUUCCCCAGCGGGAGUCUGAACGGAAGAGUGCACCUUCUGAAAGAGGAUGGUAAGCAAGUGGACGAGGGUAAGCAAAUGGACCACCCCAAAAGCCCUCCUGCAGGUGUGCCGGUGAUGAUGAUAGUCUUCAUCACCUGUGGUGUUGCUGGGUUUGUUAUUCUGACCGGGAUCAUCAGCCUGCUGCUCUGCUCUAAGAGGAGAAGAAAAGUACGAAACCCAGUGCAUGUGGUGGUGACGGCUUCCCUCUCACCCAAACAACCAUCACUCCUACAGAAAGACUCACACACUCCAUCCCACACAACGUCACACACUCCGUCACACUCACCAGUACGUGAUGAUGAGGAUGAUGAUGAUGAGGAUGAUGAUGAUGUUAUGUACCUGAAUGUGAGAGGCUCACAGCCCUAGAGGGAAAGGUUUACUCUUUAAACCCACUUCAGCUCUGGAUCAGGUUUAGUUGUGUAAUUAUAUUUAGUUGUGUUGUAGUGUGUGUAAAAGUUGUUGUGUCUUCAUUAUUAAAAUGAAAAUGUAUUGUAUAAUCUGUGUCAUUUCUCACAAGCACACUCAAUACACACUGGAAUCAGACCCUGGACAUUAAUAUUGACUUUCACAAACACCAUGCUUCAGUAACACUUAUAAAAAUAUUUAGAUUCGGGAUAAAAAAGAAAGUAAGAAAGCUCACAACUCCAUGUCAUACAGCACCAUGAGAAAUAAUACAUUCUCAUAUAAUAUACAUAAGUAAACU